AUGCACUACAAAUCCAGUAAAGAGACAUUAUCAAAUAAAAAAGAUUUACAGAGUGAAAUUAAAUUUCUUCAAGACAAAUAUGAUACUGAAGAUAAAGGAAAAGAAUGGGUGGAUAGAGUAUCACAUUUUGUCAAUAUUCGUGCAAUUAUUUCAUUUUUUAGAGCUCUUGAACAAGUCACCAAUGUUAAAGUGCACAGAGUUGUUAAAACAACAUAUUUAUUGAAUGUUUUUAUAUCUCAUUAUUAUGAAAACCUUAGAGAAAUUCUAGAAACAUUUCGAGUCUUCCCUCCAACACUAGAUUAUAGAUCAAACUCAUAUUCAGAUAAUCCAUUUAUUGAAGCUUCUAAUUUAAAUGAUCCGCUACUAGGAGCAGCAUAUCUUUCAACAAGACUUCGUGAUGAAGGAAUGAAAAUAUCAAAUAUUUGCUAUGCAAGGAUUGGUAAUCGAAAUUAUUAUGUUGCAAUUAGAGAUCAUGUCGGAAUUUCAGAAUUUAAUUAUCUCUUAAAGUCUAGAGAUAAAGUUCAGAAGUCUUAUAUACUUAAAAGACCAAAAGAUACAGAUAAUAUACCAGAUAAUAUACCAAAUUUCUUCAAAGUCGAAAAUCUUCUAAAACACCAUAUCAUUCAUGCAAGCAAUGAAAUUCCAGUAGUUUGCUAA